CGCCCUGCGCGGCGCUCGGCCGGCGUGCCUCGCGCCCUAACGAGCGGCUGGGGGCGCCAAUCAGCGGGAGGCAGGGUGCCAGCCCCGGCGAAUCGGCGGGGCUCGCGGCCCGGGGUGGGAGGCGGGUCUACCCGCGCGGCCGCGGCGGCGGCGGAGGAGCAGCUCGCCAGCCUGCAGCCCCUGAGCGCCGAGCGAGCCGCCCGGAGGUGGGUGCGCGGCGGCCGAGGGCGGAAGCGGAGGAUAGCUACAGGCAUCUCUUCUCGCACUGUGGACUGUGGCCUUUGAUAAGAGCAUGUCGUCCAUCUUACCAUUCACUCCACCCGUGGUGAAGAGACUGCUUGGAUGGAAGAAGUCUGCUGGUGGCUCUGGAGGAGCUGGGGGAGGAGAGCAGAACGGACAGGAAGAGAAGUGGUGCGAGAAGGCCGUGAAAAGUCUGGUGAAGAAGCUGAAGAAAACAGGACGAUUAGAUGAGCUUGAGAAAGCCAUCACCACUCAGAAUUGUAAUACUAAAUGUGUUACCAUACCAAGCACUUGCUCUGAAAUUUGGGGACUGAGUACACCAAAUACGAUAGAUCAGUGGGAUACAACAGGCCUUUACAGCUUCUCUGAACAAACCAGGUCUCUUGAUGGUCGUCUUCAGGUGUCUCAUCGAAAAGGAUUGCCACAUGUUAUAUAUUGCCGGUUGUGGCGCUGGCCUGACCUUCACAGUCAUCAUGAACUCAAGGCAAUUGAGAACUGCGAAUAUGCUUUUAAUCUUAAAAAGGAUGAAGUAUGUGUAAACCCUUACCACUAUCAGAGAGUUGAGACACCAGUUCUGCCUCCCGUAUUAGUUCCACGGCACACGGAGAUCCUAACAGAACUUCCUCCUCUGGAUGACUAUACUCACUCCAUUCCAGAAAACACUAACUUCCCUGCAGGAAUUGAGCCACAGAGUAAUUACAUCCCAGAAACACCGCCCCCUGGAUAUAUCAGUGAAGAUGGAGAAACAAGUGAUCAACAGUUGAACCAAAGUAUGGACACAGGAUCUCCAGCAGAACUGUCUCCUACUACUCUUUCCCCAGUUAAUCAUAGCUUGGAUUUACAGCCAGUUACUUAUUCAGAACCUGCCUUUUGGUGUUCAAUAGCAUAUUAUGAAUUAAACCAGAGGGUUGGAGAGACCUUCCAUGCAUCACAGCCUUCUCUUACAGUAGAUGGCUUUACAGAUCCAUCCAACUCGGAGAGAUUCUGCUUAGGAUUACUCUCUAAUGUGAACCGAAAUGCCACAGUAGAAAUGACAAGAAGGCAUAUAGGAAGAGGAGUGCGCUUAUAUUACAUAGGUGGGGAGGUGUUUGCUGAGUGCCUAAGUGAUAGUGCAAUCUUUGUGCAGAGCCCCAAUUGUAAUCAGAGAUAUGGCUGGCACCCUGCAACAGUGUGUAAAAUUCCACCAGGCUGUAAUCUGAAGAUCUUCAACAACCAGGAGUUUGCUGCUCUUCUGGCACAGUCUGUUAACCAGGGUUUUGAAGCUGUGUAUCAGCUAACUAGGAUGUGCACCAUAAGAAUGAGUUUUGUGAAAGGGUGGGGAGCAGAAUACAGAAGACAGACAGUCACAAGUACUCCUUGCUGGAUUGAGCUUCAUCUGAAUGGACCCCUGCAGUGGUUGGACAAAGUAUUAACUCAGAUGGGAUCCCCAUCAGUGCGCUGCUCCAGCAUGUCCUAAAGCUUCCUCACCAAUCAAGUCCCAUGGAAAGAAGGACUCAGUGUAACACCUCUUCUAUCAUAGUAUUUGUAUAUGGUCCCCGUGGACUGUUUUACUAUCCAAAAGUUCGAGAGAAAACAGCACUUGAGGUCUCAUCAGUUAAAAGCACCUUGUGGAAUCUGUUUCCUGUAUUUGAAUAUUAGAUGGGAAAAUUAGUGUCUAGAAAUACCUUCCCAUAAAGGAGGAAGAGAAGAUUUUAAAGACUUAAUGCUGUCUUGUUGGGCAUAAAACUGUGUGUCCCAAAGGUUUUAUCAAUAACAGUAGUUGUAAUGUGUACAGGUAAUGUAUCAUGACCCAGUAUCACAGUAUUGUGCUGUUUAUACACAUUUUUAAUUUGCAUAAAUGAGGUGUGUGUGUGCUGCUUCUUGAUCUAGGCAAGCCUUUAUAAAGUUAUAGUACCUGGUCUGUUAUUCCCACUUCUCCGUUAUUUUUGUGUGUCUUUUUUAAUAUAUAAUAUAUAUCAAGAUUUUCAAAUUAUCAUUUAGAAGCAGAUUUUCCUUGUAGAAAAACUAAUUUUUCUGCCUUUUACCAAAAAUAAACUCUUGGGGGAAGAAAAGUGGAUUAAUUUUUGGAAUCCUUGACCAUAAUGUGUUCAGUGGGGCUUAAAUACUGACUCACUGUGUGUUUAUUUACUGCUAAGGUUCAUUAAUAAGAAAACCAUACUGAAAAUCUUUCCACGCUUCUUAUCUCUGUCCCCACUUUUGUUCUGAUACCAAAACAGUGUAGCAUGACAUCAUUGCCAGUAAUACUGCACUGGCAGAACAAGGUACCAGUUAAUUCUGGAGUGCAGUGUGAAGUUUCUAUGGAUUAACUCCCUUUGCCUUAAAACCAAAUUGCACCAGAUAGCAAUUGACUUGUAUAAUCUAGCAGUUUAGGGAAUUAUCUUUUCACCUCAUUGAAAAAUGUACAAUUAGCUGCAAAAUUAUUUUCAGGGAUAUGAUAGAAUUGCUUCAUCAUAUUUAUCCUUGUUUAAAAAUCUGAUCUAUAAACAUAAGUACUCCUUUUGCAAAGAUAUUAUGAAGUAGUUCAACAGCAGACCUUCUGGUCUUUGAGUAGUUUCAUUGGAGUUAGUUACCAGGUUGUAUCCUGAAACUUUGUAAAUGUUACUGCGUCUGUGAAAUACCUAGAGAAGCAGUGCUAAGCAGAUGAGGACCAGCAAGUAGAUGGGAUUCAGUUUAUAAAUUAAAUGUCAUUUUACAUCAUUGUGAAUCCAGGGUUUUAGAAAUUGGAGAAAUUGACCUCUUUUUUAGCUUAAAAUUAUGUGUAAUCUGAGCUGUUCUUCUUGGACAUGUGGUUGGCCACCAUGAUGCUGCAUGGAGGAGAGAGACCAGCUGUGGCAGUGGCCCCUUCUGCAGCGAACUGUGCCCCUCUCUCCUGUGGACUCAUUGCCAUGUAAACAUUUCUUUCUCAUCUCAAUGAAAAUGGAAAAUAA